GCCGCCCGCGCCUCGCCGCCUCCCGCCCGCCCUCCUCGCCGGCGAGCUGCUCGCAGGCACCUUGCAGCGCCAGGAGGUUAACCGAGCCCCCGGAGGAGCUUCGCUGAAAGGAGCCCUUCUGUCACUCGUCACUCGCCCGCCGUGGGAGGAGCCCGCCGGAGGAAGCUGUGUGCCUGGGACGCCGCGAGCCAGAGAAUAGAUCCGCUCGGGAGGGGACGUGGCUGGCGAUCCCGGCUUCCCGAGGCGGCUAGACACAGGCAACUUGUCUGGCUGGCUGCCGCUCCCGGAGGCACAAAGAGCCCGAGGCCACCCGGCGGGACCGACGGACAGACAGAUGGUUGGCGCGAGCCGGAGAGGACCGCGGCGGAGGCUGAGCACAGCGAGCCGCCGAGCCGGAGAAACUAACUGCGACCCCAAGUUGCCCCGCCGGCUCUCCCUCGCUGCGCGGAGCAAUGAGACCUUUCCAGCUCGAUCUGCUCUUCGUCUGCUUCUUCCUCUUCAGUCAAGAGCUUGGCCUCCAGAGGAGAGGAUGCUGCUUGGUGCUGGGCUACAUGGCCAAGGACAAGUUUCGGAGAAUGAAUGAAGGCCAAGUAUACUCCUUCAGCCAGCAGCCCCAGGACCAGGCCGUGGUGUCCGGGCAGCCGGUGACGCUGCUGUGCGCCAUCCCGGAAUAUGAUGGCUUCGUUCUCUGGAUCAAAGACGGCUUGGCUCUGGGUGUGGGCAGGGAUCUCUCAAGUUACCCACAGUACCUGGUGGUAGGGAACCACCUAUCGGGGGAACAUCACCUGAAGAUCUUGCGGGCAGAGCUGCAGGAUGAUGCCGUGUAUGAGUGCCAGGCCAUCCAGGCUGCCAUCCGGUCCCGCCCCGCACGCCUCACCGUCCUGGUGCCACCCGAUGACCCCGUCAUUCUGGGGGGGCCUGUGAUCAGCCUGCGGGCGGGGGACCCCCUCAACCUCACCUGCCACGCAGACAACGCCAAGCCUGCAGCCUCCAUCAUCUGGUUGCGGAAGGGAGAGGUCAUCAACGGGGCCACCUACUCCAAGACCCUGCUUCGCGAUGGCAAGCGUGAGAGCAUUGUGAGCACCCUCUUCAUCUCCCCUGGGGACGUGGAGAAUGGGCAGAGCAUCGUGUGCCGGGCCACCAACAAAGCCAUCCCUGGAGGGAAGGAGACCUCGGUCACCAUUGACAUCCAGCAUCCUCCACUUGUCAACCUGUCGGUGGAACCACAGCCGGUUCUGGAGGACAAUGUCGUCACUUUCCACUGCUCUGCAAAGGCCAACCCAGCUGUCACCCAAUACAGGUGGGCCAAGCGGGGUCAGAUCAUCAAGGAAGCAUCUGGAGAAGUGUAUCGGACCACGGUGGACUACACCUACUUCUCAGAGCCUAUCUCCUGUGAGGUGACCAACGCCCUGGGCAGCACCAAUAUCAGCCGCACAGUCGAUGUCUACUUUGGGCCUAGGAUGACCACGGAGCCCCAGUCACUGCUUGUGGAUCUGGGCUCGGAUGCCAUCUUCAACUGCGCCUGGACAGGCAACCCGUCCCUGACCAUCGUCUGGAUGAAGCGGGGCUCUGGCGUGGUCCUGAGCAAUGAAAAGACCCUGACCCUCAAAACUGUCCGCCAGGAGGAUGCUGGGAAGUAUGUGUGCCGAGCCGUGGUGCCCCGGGUGGGAGCCGGGGAGCGAGAGGUGACCCUCACUGUCAAUGGGCCACCCAUCAUCUCCAGCACCCAGACCCAGCAUGCCCUCCACGGGGAGAAGGGCCAGAUCAAGUGCUUCAUCCGGAGCACGCCGCCACCCGACCGAAUCGCCUGGUCCUGGAAAGAGAAUGUGUUGGAAUCAGGGACAUCGGGGCGCUACACGGUAGAGACGGUCAGCACCGAGGAAGGGGUCAUCUCCACCCUGACCAUCAGCAACAUUGUGCGAGCUGACUUCCAGACCAUCUAUAACUGCACCGCCUGGAACAGUUUCGGCUCUGACACGGAGAUCAUCAGGCUCAAAGAGCAAGGUUCGGAAAUGAAGUCGGGAGCCGGGCUGGAAGCAGAGUCUGUGCCGAUGGCUGUCAUCAUUGGGGUGGCCGUAGGAGCUGGUGUGGCCUUCCUCGUCCUUAUGGCAACCAUUGUGGCCUUCUGCUGCGCCCGCUCCCAGAGAAGUACGGGAGGGAGACUGGGGAUCUCAGGGAGGGGGACAGAGAGAAAGGCCGGGCUUAGGCUGCCCCAGAAAGCAAAUCUUAAAGGUGUUGUGUCAGCUAAGAAUGACAUCCGAGUGGAGAUUGUCCACAAGGAGCCUGCCUCAGGUCGGGAGGCCGAGGAACACCCCACCAUCAAGCAGCUGAUGAUGGACCGGGGUGAGUUCCAGCAAGACUCAGUACUGAAGCAGCUGGAGGUGCUCAAAGAAGAGGAGAAGGAGUUUCAGAACCUGAAGGACCCCACCAAUGGCUAUUACAGCGUCAACACUUUCAAAGAGCACCACUCGACCCCCACCAUCUCGCUAUCCAGCUGUCAGCCGGACCUGCGCCCCACAGGCAAGCAGCGAGUGCCCACGGGCAUGUCCUUCACCAAUAUCUACAGCACCCUGAGCGGCCAGGGCCGCCUCUACGACUACGGGCAGAGGUUCGUGCUGGGCAUGGGCAGCUCGUCCAUCGAGCUCUGUGAGCGGGAGUUCCAGAGAGGCUCCCUCAGCGACAGCAGCUCCUUCCUGGACACACAGUGUGACAGCAGCGUCAGCAGCAGCGGCAAGCAGGAUGGCUACGUGCAGUUCGACAAAGCCAGCAAGGCCUCCGCCUCCUCUUCCCACCACUCCCAGUCCUCUUCCCAGAACUCCGACCCCAGCCGGCCCCUGCAGCGGCGGAUGCAGACUCACGUCUGAGGACACCAAACUGUGGGUGGGGAGGGCUGGGGAAGGGGCUGCGGCACAGUCUGGCUCUCCAGAGACCGUGGGUACUUGGCAGAGGACCCCAGAAGUGGCUGCCUCCAGGACAGCCCCCCGAGUGCCUGUGCCACCACCCUCCUCCAAAGCCCUGAUCAAGCACAAGUCUGGGUCCCAGCCGCAGUGUGCCGGCAGGAUGCAGGAGGGGAAGUGGUCAGAGGAUGCAGCGGAGCAUGCUGAGCUCGGCCCUGGACGCUCUGGUUCCAGCCCUUCCUGGACGCCGUUCAGCUCCCUGCUCCUCCCACAGGCGCUGCAGGCAGUUACAAGUUUGCUUUAAUGAAACUGCCAUCCGCUCUCUGUGAGCUCUCCCCCUUGCUGCCCAUAAGCCCUACCCCUGUGCCUGUGGUCCUCUCCAGCCUGGGCAGGAGGUGGGGAAGCACUUCCCAGCACCGAGCUCCCCAGAGACCCAGAGCCCCCCCUGCUCAGAGCCCAGACCCUGAAGGGCAAGAAGCCAGAAAUGGCCCUGGCCCUAGAGCCUCUCCCACAACACUGGCCAUGCGCCCACCCCCUAAUUUGUUUGGUGUUUUGUGUCCAUGCUCUUGCAGUUCUAUCCUUGGACUUGAUGCUUCAAACUCUGAGGUGGGACUGGCCCAAUCAGACUGUUCUUGGAGGGGCUUGAAGGGAGGGGAAGUGUGAGCACUUGGGGGAUACCUUGCCCACCAGGCUCCUCUCCAGGCUGUGCUGUUCAGAACCCCCCACCCAGCCCUACUUCGUGUACUCCCCUCUGCCCCUACAGCACAGCCGCAGCUAAUACAGGAAGUGAGAGAGCUUCUCUGGACAGGGAUCUUUUAACAGUCACUGGAGAGUUUCCUGGACUGGGUAGGGCUUAAGGGGCCUAGAGGGCAGGUCACUGAGAUGAUGAGACUCGUGUUCACAGCAGAUGAAGCUCCAGGGACCUAGAUUUGCAAAAGGGACAAUAGUCCCGUCUUCAGUGACUCCACAGCCAAGAUCCACCUCCCCCUGACCCCCACCUGAGAAUAAAUUUGUUGGACUUAUCCAACAAAUCCGUUCUGUCCUUUUGUUCCUGCACAGCCCAGGAAGAACCCAAGAACUCAGAGAGUACAUUGAGGACCCAACGUUCAUUGCCCUUCCUUAGUUUGGUGUUCCUAGAUGAUUAGGGCAGCUGAAGGCUGUGGCUGUGGGGCAUCAGCACCCAGGGAGAGCCCUGUCCUUGCGGACAUGCCCAACCCAGAGCGCAUGCAAACGCCAGGCUCACCCAACACCUGACUCAUGCCAAAUAACAGCUCAGAGGCCAAGUGGUCAUGCUGGGCAUGAAAGGGGUCAUUCUAGGCCUUUCAGCAAUAUUCUGCAAGGGAAGCUCCCUUCGGGGUUCAGGGCAGGAGGUCCUCUUCAAAGAGCCUAUGCCACCAAACACCCUAAUACUCUGGGACUCAUAGAAUGCUCUAAGAAUGGCCUUGUUUGGGUGGGAAGCUUGACAUGGUGAUGGCAGAUCAGAUGGGGCAAGUCUAAGUGCUAAUUCAGGGGUCAGGGUUUAAGUGGAAUUUUGGAAAACCCAAAUUGUCUGCAAGGUUGGAAGUCCCUCCUCAGAUUUAGACCCUUCUUCUCCAGCCUUACCUGGUAGUCCUUACCCCUGUUGGAACCUUCAUGUCACAAGUCUGUGUUCUUUUCAUACAUUGUUGCCUGGGAUGGCCCCAACCACAGAUUCUGUACACAGCCUUCAAAAUGCCUUCACCCAGUGGAGUUCUGCAUCCACCAUAUUUCCUAUUGCUUCAAAAUUCCCCAGUUCCUUUGCUGCCCCCAAGCCUGAGGUAGUAAAAACUGUUAAGAAAUGUUAAGUGUGUAUCCCAGUUCACAUUGUGCUCCGAGUCCCAUUCUGGCCUGGCACAGAUGUCAGGAUAUUGGUCCCUGUGCACCCUACCCUAACCUUGAAAGCCUUCUUCCUUUCCAUAUGUUUUGCCUUUGCCAACAGGAAACAAGGAUCUAAGACCAGCUGCCAGCUGCCUUGGCAUACUAGAAGAAAGACAAGGAUGACUUCAGGGGAUUUGUCCCCUAAUUGCAUCUUCACCACCUCCUAAUCCUCACCACUGCCUACUUUGCCCCUUGCCCCUGUCUCUCUCUCUCACACACACACACACACACACACCUCUUACAAUGGGUGGAGGUGCCCAUUCUUUCCUGGGGCCCAAGGUUAUGACAGAAUAACCAGAAGAAUAAGGCAGAAGUCUGUUCUCUCAUAGGAAUGAGCUCUUCUCCCUCCGUCACUCCAGGUACUCCCCGGGGAGGAAUGCAGACUCUCAUGCAAGGUGAGCACAGAGCACAGGAGCUGGCAGCCCGGACUCGGCCAUGUAGUCUCAGUCCCCAGCCCCCCGAGCUCUUCCAAUGCACAAAUUCAGCAAAGAACUGCUGAAGGGAUAGGAAGUCCAAGUAAGGCCUAGGUGAAAGAGGAGAAUGUCGAGGGGAAGGAAUAGCAAUAUUCAGGGGCUUCUGGGAAGCUGAGGCACUGAGGAGGAGACCAGGCUGAGCUACAUACACCCCUCAGGUGUCUCCAGCCCUACUUACUUCUUGCAAAGGAGUAAGAAAGCUGGUAAACAGAGGUGUUAGGAAAAAAAUUAAUAAAUAAGGCAGUGGGAAGCCCUGAAUACCCCCAUAGGUGAUCUCAAAUUAACUUUUUAUUUGUAAUCUUUUUUUAAUCCUGACCAUUCCACAAAGCAUCACCAUUUUACAGACCAGGGAAUGAGGCCUAAAGAAGCCAAAAGACUUGCCCAAGGCACAGAGCUAACAAGUGGCAAACAUGAGAUCUAAACACACACGGUUCCUACUGUAAAAUGUUUCCAUCCUACAGUGCAAGCUCAAGGCCACUUUCAUCCUAGAAUAGGAUGGUCAUUUUCAAGGCCAUCUGCUAGUACCCAAUCUGGGGCAGGCUGAGCAGGGAUAGGCCACAGGUCCUUUAGGGAGGCAGGACUAGCAUUCUCCCACUCAAGUCCCCAGAUGACCUGCAAAGACCACAACUCCUUGGGAAACAAAGCCAUUCUGUGUAUCAAAUCACCCCCACUCCUAGCAAGGCCAGUAUCCAGUUUUCUGAUAGCUUUAAAAUUCAUUAUUGGCUCCAAGUCACUGGAUGGGAGCCCACUUGCUCAUUCCCAGGCUCGCUAUCAGUCUGGAAAGGCCGGGGUUAUUUCCACCACCUCUUCAACUUCCAUGGAAUAGGAAAUGCUAUCACGUGAAGAGCUCGAAUGCCACAUCAAAUCCGUUUCUGAUGGAGCCUUUUGAAACAAGUGCUAUAAAGUAAUAGGGCUUUGAAGCUGCCUUUGAACUUGUGGAGCAGAGAGGACCUGGGGAAAUGAAAACAAACAUGCUGAAGUCCUUGGGAGAUUUCUCAGAACAGGAGAAAAGGAGCCAACAGGAACCCCAUUCCUCACUUCCUGUAUGGGAAGCAUACAUGCAGUGUGUGGUGUUUGUUAUUAUGGCAUCAGAAUUGAAAUUGCAAGGCAGCCAAGCUCGAUUAGCUCUUCCCAAGUAUCACGUACGCGGUUUAUGACGGCACCAGAAAAAGACAAAGGGCAGUCCUGCGAUUAGUUUCUUCUCUAGGAAGUUUCCCUACAAAAUAAGCUCUUUAUUAAAAUAAAGGUAUAAAUAUUUGAAUAAAAACUCUUAGUUUGUGUAUUAGAUUUUUGUUUGAAAUACCACUUUGUUGCCUCUUUAAAGAAACAUAAACUUUUAGACAUAGGCCAACGACAUCUCGACUAAAUCUUAAAGUUUACCUCCCCUUUUAAGCAGUCUUCUAAAAGCCUCUUACCGAAGAUGUUUUAGGAGUUGUAAACAUAUACACAAGCCACUUGCAGUUUUAGCAUCAAAGCUACAGUGAUCUUUGAAAAUCACUGAAGAGCUAUCACUCUGCUAGCUAUGUCUCAUCUCCAGUAAGGCUCCAAUCAUGUUUUCCCCAACCCCGUGUUUCAGUCUUUCUAACUCGGUCACCAACUGGGAAAAAUGAGAAAGUUCUGAGUGACUUGUCUUUCUAAAAAUAAGGACAUGUUUUCCUGGAUGAAUGCAUUUUAUUGCAGGAAGCCAUGCAUUCUUCUCUGUCUUCUUCCUGGGUCCGUCUCUGCCCGCUCUCUAACGUUAGGCUAGGUCUUGAAAUACACUGAAAGCGUUCAUUACUACAGGCACAGUAGUUCUAUCCUCCCACAGCCCUCAUCUUUAAAAGGCCUUUUGUGAACAUACACCAUUCACAAGAUACAUUGCUAAAUUGUGGUCUACAGCCCUGGUACCAUUCCAUGUUCUGAGAGCCUCUCUCUGGGACAAUCCACCCAGGCCACCCACAGGGCUGGGACAUCCUCAGCCCCUGGGUGGAACGCUCCCUUGAACUCACUCACUGAUCAGAGAGCCCCAUCUAUGCAGAGGCAUGUCCUUCCGCUGCUUUGUAACCUAUGGCCCUUGGAAAUAUCUUGGAAUGCUGUGAGAACAUUCAAAUAAUGCUCCUUUGUAACUAUCUUCUUUGUGGUGAAUCUAAAAUACUAGUGCUCAAAGACAAGGUAAAUGAAGUCUCAGGAAACACAUCUUCUACGGGAGAAUCUGGGUCUUAAUUAAGUGGAGCAUCUCUGACAUCCAUUCCCAAUUAUGCAAGGAGAAAAGUGCAACUCAGGAUAGGAACUGAUAUAGGGAUUCAUCCUCCUCAAAGUCACCGUCAAUUAGGCAAAGACAAGUGCAGGUGGAUUACCUUAAAUACACCUCCUUCAUCACCUUUCUAAGGAAAGUAAGGGCAGAAUUUUCAGAUAAGAACCUAUCUGACUUAUAUUAAGUUUCUCUAGUUCUCCUGCCAUGCAGGGCUACAUUAGUGGAACAUAAAUCCACAGAGAAAAAGAACAGAAAUGGAGAGAAUCAACCUACCAGACUCUAACUUCUACUCUCAUGAGAUUUUUCCUCAGGAGAGAAAUGAAUUUUUAAGCAAGAGACGCUUCUUAAGUGUUAAAGUUGGUGAUGUAUGUAAAUAGUGUUUUAGGAAGCCUCAGAAUAAUAGAUGGUUUGGAAUAGCUUAGUUCAAUAAUUCCAACUUCAGUCCCCUAGGGUGAUUUCAACAUCUGAGCCCUCUCUCAUUCCCUCCGCCCAACUCCACCCUCCCAGUCUCGCAAGAUUCUCAAAAGAAAGCUGUGCCUCUGUUGAGGGGUUGGGUGUCCUUUAAGUUGCUCUUCCAAACUUGAAACCUGUGAAACCUGCCCCACAAAGUUCAUUUUUCCCUAAAAACUUUUUUGUCAAAUCCUCUGUGUUACCUUUGCUGGACUGGACUGUGGUUCUGCUCUCUGCAAUACCUUUACAUGAAGAAACAGUCUUCCAAUGCACGUGGGCUCCUGCCAAAUCUGACAUCUAAUGAAACUCAAGGUUCAUCUCCCCGAUCAUUUCUCCAGCACAGAAUCCCCAAGAUCUCUAACAAGAGAGGCAAACUUGAGGAGAAAGAACUGGACAGGGAAACAGGCUAUAACUAGACACACACAUAACAUAAAUCCCUCCUAAACUUUUAAGCUGGAAGGACUUCCUGGAACCAUGUCUGGAACAGAACCAUGGGAAUGCUCAAAACGAACAAAUAGUCUUCCGAGGCUAUAAUUAAGACAUCAAAAAAGUUAGAGGGCUUAGAGGGGAACUGACCAACUCUGAGCUUGUACUUUUCAACCUUAAUUUAGGAAUUUACUGUGGUAUGCUGCAUGCCAUCAAAAUGGAUAAUGUCGCUCAAGAAACCACUUUCUCCAAAACCCCUAAAGGCGUGACUUCAACAUGAAAACCACUGCCAGGGAGCAGUCUGAACUCAUUGUUCAUUGUUUGAUUGUGCAAAGCCUGCAUCUGAGUCAUUCUCCUGAUGUCUCACCAACCCCUACUUAGUUUGUAGGUGAUUUAAAGACAAAGACCUUUCUGUAACCAGUCAUGCUACUCAGUACCUGGGCAAAUAUUUGGUCUUCCAGAUAUACCUCACCUGCAUUUCCAGUAUUUUCCGUUAUUCAAGGCGGUUUUCCAACCUAAUAUUUAUAUCAUACUUUACAGUCUACACAAUGUUUUUACAAUCAUUCCCAUUAGAUCCUUUCAACCUUAUUGUGAGAUAGGCAUGCAUAAUCACCAUUUACAGGUGGAGGAGCAGAGGUUCACUUGUCUAAUUACAUGACAGAGCACCCAGGAGUAAAACCCACGACCCAACCGUGCGUAUUUUGGGGCACUACACCUCGGUGCCUCA